AUGGCAUCAUCAGGGUCGCACUCUCGAAAGCCAUCAUCAUCUCACGAGCCGUCAUUGCAACAGUCCUCCCCAACAGCGCAAACAUCUGUCUCGACGACGCCAGCAAGUUCAGUCUCCAAACGUCUCCGGACGGAGAUUCACGAGCAAAUGGAUGCACUCAACGACGACCUGGAAAGUAUUCACUCUGACAAGCUAACCUUAUAUCAGCUGAAGAAUGAGCGCCUUAUGGUGAAGCUCAACGCUAGUCGCCAGGACAAGGAGCAUCGUCUGAUGCAUGAGGAGCAUAUGGAUGAGCAUGCAGAUGCUGCCAUAGUCCAUCAGCGCAUGAAGGAGGCUAAAGAGGUAGAUAUUCACCUACAUGAAGCGGAUGCCGCCACUUUUGCCUCGGAAGCAGAUGUUCUACGCCUCCGGAUUCAGUGGGCCCAGCUCAAUGCCCAGGGUGGCAAACUUGCUGGUACCUGA